AUGGCGUCGGGAUAUGGCAUGAACGGCGGCGUCGGCCGCUGCUUUCCCUUCUGGCAAGAGGUUAUGGGAUGCUAUGUUGUCAACACCUCUGCCGCUGACGAUUCCGGCAAGAAGAAGUGUGGUCUCGUUCUCGAGGAUUACUACGAGUGCCUUCACCACAAGAAGGAGCACGCUCGAGCUCUUGCCAUGCAAGCCGCCUAUGCUCGCUCCGAGUCCGCUACAGCACGCGACGAUGCGCCCAGUGUGAAGCAAAUAAGGAGUUUGGGACUUAUCGACAAGGAGGAAGACACAAAGAAGGUCUUGGGACGAAGCUAG